GAGCUGACAGUCCAGGGAUCCCUACCUAAGUCUGACAACUCACCAUGUUCGCGGCAGCCUCGUCUUUCUUCGCGCGGACGAACAUCUCCCAGUCAUAUAACAUCGGGACUGCGACUAACGGCAGCAGGACAUCUACACCUGGGCCAGCAGGAUCGUCCAAUGCUGCGCUCCCCGCGGCGGCUCUUCCGUCACCAUUCAACGUUGGCCCAUGGCGCGUGCAGUCCGCUACGCACAAGGUGACCGGCAAGCGCGUCUCGGUAUGGAGUGCGGACAAGAGGAGUGCGGACAUGGAACGUAUGGGGCCCGCGUCAAAGGAGAGGACACUGGAGGUACUGAAGAGCGAGGCCUCUGCACUGAGCCGGCUUCGACACCCCUCCAUUCUAGAGAUGGUAGAACCGCUCGAGGAGACUCGGAAUGAGCUCAUAUUCGCGACGGAGCCUGUUCUGUCCUCUCUACAACUAUCCAUACCUGGCUCGUUGCAGUACUCGCCCCUGGUCGAGCUGGAUGAAGUCGAAAUCCAGAAGGGCGUCCUGCAACUCUGCAAAGGCCUCUCUUUCCUCCACACAUCCGCCCGUAUUGUUCACUCGAACAUCAACCCCGAAAGCGUUGUAAUCAACAGUGCUGGUGACUGGAAACUAUCGGGGCUCGGUCUCACGAUACCUCUGUCUAAACCCGACGGAGGACCUACACGAUGGGAGUUCCCCACCUUCGACGGACAUGCCCUGACCUACACUCAGCGCUCGUUUGAUUACAUGGCUCCCGAGUAUGCACUGGAUGAAGUGCUCGAUCCGGCCUCGGACAUGUACUCUCUCGGUUGCCUGAUAUACGCAGUCCACUGCAAGGGUAAUCCACCAUUCAAGAACCAUGGCAGCCUCAGCUCCCUGCGGGUGAACGCAGGAAAGCCGUUAACCGGCAUGGAACGCCUGGAACAGGACCUCAGAGCACUUCUUAAUGCCCUCAUCAGUCGGCAACCACAUAGCAGACCUAGCCCAUCUGACCUGCCUCUGCACCCAUUCUUCUCGUCAUUGGUUGUGUCGACGCUCAACUUCCUCGACCGCUCGAACUUCGCCGCAAAGACGCGCGAGGAGAAGAUCUCGUUCAUGAAGGGCCUGACCAGCGUCCUGGACAAGUUCUCGGAGGGCCUCCGCACGCGCAAGAUUCUACCCUCUCUCCUUGAGGAGAUGAAAGAUACCCAUCUGCUGCCAUAUAUCCUGCCGAACAUCUUCGCCAUCUCGCAAAUACUGUCCUCGACACAGUUCGCGGCGCUGGUGCUGCCUAGCCUCAAGCCCCUGUUCGCGAUCAAGGAGCCCCCACAGAACAUGUUGACGCUGUUGGAUAACCUACAGAUGCUUCAGGACAAGACGGAGAAGCCUGUGUUCAGAGAGCACGUCCUGCCUUUAGUGUAUAAUGCUUUGGAGUCCGAGCACGCGAUUGUACAAGAACGUGCCUUGAAGGCUGUACCAAGCUUGUGUGAAAGUAUCGACUACGCAGAAGUGCAGGGUGUGCUGUUCCCCCGCGUAGCGCUUGUAUUCACCAAAACCCGCGUACUGUCUGUCAAAGUCGCCACGCUGGAAACGUUCUUCUCGAUGGUCAAGACGCUCGAUCAGUCGAGCUUGACGCAGAAGCUGGUUCCGUUGUUGUCGAAGAUUCGGACAAAAGAACCAGCAGUGACUAUGGCCACCCUGAAUGUCCAGGAGGCAAUGGGGAUGAAGGUCGAUCGCGAGGCCGUCGCGACUCUGGUUCUUCCUCAACUAUGGGCGAUGUCUAUGGGACCAUUGUUGACGGUGUCACAGUUCAAACGGUUCAUGGAGGUCAUCAAGAAGUUGGGAGAUCGAGUGGAGCGCGAGCACGACCAGUACCUACGAGACUCCCAGCGAGUGGAAGAUCGCUCGGGGUCGACGAUGAACGGCACGACUAGCCACGUUACUGCAGGCGGCGGCGUUGACUUCGAGAGCCUCGUGGCGAACGGGACCGGCGCGCCAGCCAAGCCAAGCUCAACGCCCGAGAACCCGAGUAGCUGGGAAGACGAUGUUUGGGGUAGCAUCUUCACAAGCGGGCCUACGUCUCCCGCUGCACAGAGUCCAUCUUUCUCUCCUCCCCCCAUAGCACCACAGACACAGCGAGCACCAUUUCCGCCUCCCAUCCCGGCGCAGCCGCAAUCGCUACCAUCAUCCCCCAAGAUCUCGAGUGCGCUCAACCCUACCGCUUCGCGGCCUUCCCUAGCGAGCAGGAAUGCAUCGGGGUUGGGAUUGGGUGCGACGCGUCUCACGCCCAGUUCUUUCAACGCCUCCAUCUUCCCGCCGGAUCCCGCGCCAAGCUUCGGGGCGCCACCACGAGCUCAAGUGUCGACGCCGGUCAUGGCCCCCUCACAGCCGACGUUCUCGUCGUUCGCGGCCACCAGCACCCCACCAGCCCCAGCAGCGUACAACGCAGCUCCAAACUACAACAUCACCCUACCAACAUCCCCGCCGCUCCAACCCACAACGUCAGCCGCUCCCCCUCCACCCUUCUUCGCUGCCCAGAUGUCCAUGAACAGCGUGCUUGCGCCGUCCAAGCCCGCGCAACCGCAAUGGCCAGGGACCACAGGGACGACAAAACAGCUCUCGAAGGACGACUGGGGCGACUUCGACCCGCUGGCGUAA